CGAGUAUUUUAGUGUUUACUCACGCAGGCGCCAAACGCCAUAGCACAUCGGUGGGCUGGGCUGGGCAGGGCAAAGAUCGGUGCAGUAGAGAGAAGGGAGGACUGAGGAGAGAGAAAAUCGAAGGAAAAGAUGUCGUACAUGAAGGGUGAUCUUCUCACUAAAACUCGAAAAUUGGUCAAGGGUCUAGCUAAAACUGAGCCUCUUUGGCUUAAACCCAUGGAAAAGGCCCCUCCUGUUGUGUUCCCCCGAUCUGCUGGAAAAGUCAUGCCAAUCAGCCUUCCUGAGGAUGUUUAUGUUGAUAAGUUCUAUCAGAAGCAUCCAGAAUCAAAAUAUGAAGAUCCUAUUAAGCUUACCAGUUUCAGUCCUGUUCCAGCUCGUAUUUUUGCUGGACGAGUGCUUGAAUUGAAGCAUCAGGGAGUAAAAGAGGAAGAAGCGAUGGCCAUAGCAGAUAUGGAAUACCGGGCAGAGAAGAAGGGAAAGAAGCAGGCUUACAAACGUUUGAAGCAAAUUGCGCGUAUUGUAGGGGAAAAACUACCACCUAACCCAUAUCCGAGUGCUAUUAAGGAGAUACAGGCUGAAGAGCGACCUUAUGUCCGUGAACGGUUCUUUGAUCCUCAGAUACUGGAUAUAGCUAAGAGGAUCAAAGAAGAAAGGCUUGCUGAUAUGCGGGAAAGGUUUGGACCAAGAGCCUCAUAAUUCUUCGUCUAUACUCAUUUAAAUCAAUCAAUAACUCUAGAGCAACCUAUCUCAUCUUGACAAGAGUUUGCAUCUUCACUUUUGCUUCAUCUUUAUACUUUUGGUUCUGUCAUUAUUGUUAGCAUGAUUCAGUUGAUCACUUUUACUGAACUACGAAUCAUGGAUCACAUCGACUUUAUUUUUGCCGUGUAGUUGAAGAGAGAUAAUUCAAAAAUGGAAUGGUUUAGGAAUUGCUCUAAUUUGAACCCCUUGAUUUCCCA